AUGCCCUCACUUCGUGAUUUACUCUUGGCCAUGUUAAAUGAGCGAAAUAAAAAUCGACCACAUGAAGAUGACGAUUAUGUGUUGGUCCAACAAAUCAAUUCAAAUUGGCCAAAAAUAUUUGAUACUUAUUUUCUUUCACCAACAACACGUUUGUCACUAUCAAGAGUCGAUGAUGAUCUAAUAUUUUAUGUAACUCGAAGAAUGGACAAUGAUUUCCAACACCCACUGCAUUUAGUGGAAGUUUUUCGUUAUCAUGAUUCAAAACGUUUACCAAAUUUAAAUGAUACAAACUACGACUGGGAAGAAACGUCAAAUUUGAAUCUUGUUUUACAUCAAUUUGAAUAUAUGGUAACAUGUGCCGUCUGUACAAAAACAAGUAACAAACACUUACAAAUACUGAAGCGUCUUUCAACUAAAGUUUAUGCAAGUCCUAGUAGACGAGAAAUGGACACUAAAGGAACAGAAGAAAAAAUUACUUAUCCAAAUAUUUAUUUUACUGUUGACAAUUUUGAAGAUACAUUUUGUGAAAUGAUUGUGAAUGAAGGUCAAAUGGUUUGUGUUGAAUUAAUUGCAACAAAUCAGGCUUUAAGUCAACAACGUGUAUUGUUUCUUGGAUCAAUUAAAUACGAAGCGUUAAAAAAAGUUUAUGAAACGAGGGCUACAACAUCAACGCGUGUUGCUCAACGAAUGUCAUUUGGUAUAUAUUCAAAAAGACGUGUAGAAUUUGUUCGAAUGCGCGGUCCAAACGGAAAAGGACAUGCAGAGAUGGCUGUUAGUCGAUGUCGAACAACCCAAUCUGGAUCUGCUACGCCCGGUUCUAUACCAACCACUCCAAUGUCUUCGAGUUUUGACGAAGAGAGCUUUAAUACGCGACGAUCGAUCGAUUCAGGUUAUGGUUUGAAUCGUUGGAUGCCAACUAAUUUUAAACAACCGCAAUCAAUCGUCACAACUCCUGAAGUAGAAUCGGCUGAUAUCCGGCAAGAAUUAACUGAUGGUACGAGCAGUUUUAUUGAACGUACAUUCAGUAACGCUAUGAGUUGGGUGCGAGGAGGUUCUAGAAUGCAACAACCAAUUAGUUUACAACUGAAUACAUGUUUAACUUAUAUCACGCUACCUUGUCAAAUAAUCGUAAAAGAUAUUCUUGAGAGUAAUCAAAUACCAAUUUUAACAUUUUGA